CGUCACUGGAGCUCUCUCACUGCACUCCACGCUGCUCAGGUCGGGAAACACAGCACAGAGCGCGGGGCAACACCGCAGCAACAGGGAGGAACGAAAGCUUCUGCGCCGAUCGACCGAGAAGACAAGAGGGAGCCGGCCAGCCACCAGAAGGAGAACGAGUUCGGGAGGAGGGAGCGGACGGAUGGCAAUGGCUCUGCUCCCGCUACUGCUCUCGCUCCUCAUCGUCUCCUGCGCCGCGCAGUCGCCGGCCUCCUCGCCGUCCGCGUCCAAGGCUCCUCCGGUCGUCAGCGCCUCGGCGCCGCGGGCCUUUCUCGCGCCACCGACAAAGGCGGUCUCGGCACCGCAGGCCUCUGUAGCACCACCGACAACGGCGGUCUCGGCGCCGCAGGCCUCGGUCGCGGCACCGACAACGGCGGCCGCGGCACCGCAGGCCUCUGUAGCACCACCGACAACGGCGGUCUCGGCGCCGCAGGCCUCGGUCGCGGCACCGACAACGGCGGCCGCGGCGCCGCAGGCCUCUGCACAGCCGCCAACAACAACAGUUGCCGCGUCACCGACACAAGCAGCCUCCGCGCCUCAGGUCUCCGCCGUGGCGCCGACAACUGCAGCCUCCGCGCCGCAGGUCUCUGCCGCGGCGCCACAGGCCUCCGCCGCACCUCCUACCUUCGCCGCCGCGCCGCAGACCACAGCCGCCUCCCCACUGCUGGCUGCCACGUUGCCUCCUGCUUCCUCCCCGCCACUAGCUGCUACGGCACCUGUCUCUGCCACCCCUCCAGCCACGCUACCUCCCGUCUCAUCGCCUACCGUCGCCGUCGCCGCGCCAGCCCCGACGACUCCGGCUCCGGUCGCCGCCCCGCCCCUGGCAAUGUCACCAGCGGCGCUUCCUCCGGCCACGUUCCCUCCAGCAACGGCUCCGACGCCAUUUCUCGCUGCCCCGAUCCUGCCUCCCACCGCGCCACCGGUGGCUGCACCCGCGCCGGCCCCCGUGUCUCCGGCUCCGGCUCCAAGCGUCGCCCCGACCCCGUCGCCGACAGAAGCCCCGACGCCGUCGCCCACCGAGGCCCCAACCCCGUCGCCCACGCUGGCGCCGGAGCUGGCGCCUACGCUCGCGCCGUUCAGCUCGGUGUCGGUGAGCCCGUCGCUGGCGCCUGGCCCCGCGCUCGCUGCGGAGGAGGAGUCGGCCGCGCCGAGCUCGCGCACCGGCGUCGCCGCCGCCGCUCUGGUGUCGUCCUUGGUGGCCGCCGGGCUCAUCGUCGUCUUGUUUUAAGUAGAGCUGAGUUUACCGUUGUACGUCCGUACCGUUCCUCGCACGUUCUUGUCCUCCUGUUGUUGUUUUACAUUCUUGCUGUACAACACAUUGAUAAUUUAUUUCUUUCUAUUCAUGUAUGGAUGA